CGUUGUCGGCUGCUACGAGAAAAACGUGUUGAUCCACUACGGAUGUCUUGAAUUUUAUCCUGAAAUCGUUUACGAAAGACACACUAUGGCUUCAUUUGAUACUCAAGAGCACCAGCACAUUCGUUACAACCCUCUGAAGGCUGACUGGGUGCUGGUCUCACCACAUCGCAUGAAGAGACCCUGGAAAGGACAGGUGGAGAAGCCAGAGGAGAACAGUAUACCCAGGUUUGACCCGAACAACCCACUAUGUCCAGGGGUGACCAGAAGCAAUGGACAGAUAACUCCGAACUAUGAGAGCACAUACGUCUUCACCAAUGACUUCCCUGCUUUGCUGGAAGAAGGCCCAGAUUAUGAGUCACAUGACAACCCUCUAUUCCGCUGCGCCUCAGCUAAAGGUACCUGUAAGGUGAUGUGCUUCCACCCCCACUCUGACCUCACUCUGCCUCUGAUGACCCCCUCCGAGAUACGAGCUGUUAUUGACAUGUGGGUAGAGAUCUAUGCUGACCUGGGCAAGAAAUACGACUGGGUCCAGAUAUUUGAGAACAGAGGAGCUGUCAUGGGCUGCUCAAACCCUCAUCCACAUUGUCAGGUGUGGGCCAGCUCAUUUAUGCCUAAUGAACCAGCCAUUAAGGACAGGACACAGAGAGAGUAUUACCAGAAACACAAAGUGCCAAUGCUGGUGGACUAUGUUAAGCAGGAGAUUAGCAAACGAACGGAGCGGGUACUUCUAGAGAAUGAGAGUUGGGUGUGGCUGGUUCCUUACUGGGCAGUGUGGCCAUACGAGACCAUGCUCCUGCCUAAACGCCACGUCCCCUCCCUCACAGAUCUGACUGAUGCAGAGAAAACUGCUUUGGCAGACAUUAUGAAGAAGCUAUUGACAAAGUAUGACAACUUGUUUGAAGUCUCUUUCCCAUACUCAAUGGGAUGGCAUGGUGCACCCACAGGUAGUAAGGCCAGUCAAGAUAACAACCACUGGCAACUCCAUGCACUGUACUUCCCCCCUCUGCUGAGAUCAGCCACGGUGAAGAAGUUCAUGGUGGGUUAUGAGAUGUUGGCUCAGGCCCAGAGAGAUUUAACAGCUGAGCAGGCAGCUCAGAAGUUGAGAGAUUUACCCGAUUUCCAUUACAAGCUGCAAUCAGGUGAAAAGUGAAAUCACAAGACAGGUUAAUGGUGCGAUCUGAGUGAGAGUGGUAGAAUCUCAGCCUCAUUGUCAGUGUGUCUUGGUGGAGAUAGGGGUUUUGUUGAUGUGUAUAGGAUAUGUAUCUAUACAGUAUUUAUGAAGGGAUAAUACCCUCUUCAUGUUGUAGAGUGCUAAUUUUCAUUAUGAAUCUCAGGUGGUUUUUUAUUAUGGACCUGGUUGUAAAGAUGACGCUAAAAUCACAACAAGUACAAGAUUUUUGUACGAGCUUUGCAAGCAUAAUGAAAGUAUUUGUAAUGAGAAACUUGAGGCAAUGAUGUGGAUGAUAAAGAGUUACAUGUUAUGUCCAAAUGCCCGAAACAAUUGCCAAAAAGUGCUAAAAAAAGAAAUAAUUACCAGGCUGAACUUUUUGUUAUUGCCUUGAUUUUUAUUAGUGAUGUGUUUUUUGUCUCCCACUGUGAACUGAUUGUAGGUCAUAGGAAUUGGCAUUGUCUGUCAGUUUGUCAUUUUGUUGCCUGGGAAACAAUGCUGGAAUACUGUGACUGGUUUUCUUCAAACUUGAAAAGUAGUGAUUGUAUGUUAUAAAUUAGAGAAUGGCUGGGAUUGGUUUUCAGUGAAAAUUAUAAAUUGUAAUAUAAUAUUAAUAAAUAAUAUAACAUUAAUUUUAAACAUGUCUUGGAACUGUAAAUGUUAAAUCGCCAUGCUCUUCCACUUCGCCAUUGAUUUGGCUGUUUUGGACAGAGUUGCCAUUGACCUCAACGAUCUAUUUUAUGAAAGAAAUUCUACUGAUAACUGAUGCUGAUUGCACAACUAUAGAUCUGUGAUUGAAGCUGCUGUCAUGUAUAAUGUACAGAACCGAAAAGCCUUAAUUACAUUUUUGCUUGCCUCACAUUGUAUAUGUAGACAGUGAUAUUUAUGGGUUGUUUUUUUUUUAAAUACUUACUACAUUUGUACAUGUAUUUUUUAUAGAUACAAUGGAAUGAGUUUGAGGUGUAUUAAAUAGUAUUUAAACAAUGGUUGUAUUUGUAAGAAUUGGGUGAAGAUUUUUUAGUACUAUUGUUAUAAAUUUUGCAAGGUUAUGACUUUUGAAAUUUUUUUAACAUUUUUAGUGUUUUUAUGUUCUGGAGAGUAGAGAUGCAGUAGCGUUUUGUGCAGACAGCUGCAGUGCUAUCACUUCUACUGAAAUUCGUUACCAUUUCUGCAAUUUAUGGGUGGUUUUAAUUUGAUUUUGGAGACAAAACUACACUGGUUGGAUUUAAAUAUGUCAGGGCUUCACUGAAAGUAUAGUUUUAUCAGUCUACACAGAAUAGUUCUCUCAGAAUUUGCUUAAAUAAACAUGUUGCAAACGUCAGAAAAGGUUGAAGAAUUACAGUAGUGUUUUUAUUCUUCAAAGUAAUUUUCAGAUUGAGCAUCAUACAUAUUAAUUAUAUUAAUUGUACCAUCUUUAUGCCUAUCUUUCGUAAUGCCAGUAUAGAGCAAGGGAUGGUCAAGUUCACUUAUUUUAAGGGCAGUUUAUUUAGUAAUUGUAUGUGCUACUUUCUGAUGUGCAGUUUCAAGUUCAAAAUAACAUUCUUGUUUACAUCAUAACAAAGAUGCAUAUAAGACUACAGUCAAGAACUACAAAAGAAAUUUCUAUAACAUUUUUUGUUCGUUAUUAUAGGAUUAUGUGUAUAUAUAUAUUUUUUUAUUUGAAGUUUUAGAUUGAAUGUACGUUAGUGGUUAUGUUUGGUGGAGGAAACAAGUGCCUUGAGUAAUCAUCACUUUUCCUCAAGAUACCCGACAUACCUCACAAGAUAACUUCAGCUCGAUUUAGAGCAUGUAACCUCUUUUUUUAAGCUACCAAUCAGCUUCGCGGAGAACUACGCCUUAGGUUAAUUAGCUGGCAAGAGUGGACAUUAUUGAUUGUUAGGUAUUUGUUUGUAUUUUACCCUGUUUAUUGGAGCUGUGUGCAUUUGGUGUCAAAAAGUCACUUAUCACUCCAAAUCAAC